GAGCUACACCCUUCAAAGCAGUUCAGUCAUCCCACAGACACUCCUAGGAAAACAAGCCAGCCUUCUUGGGAACUGAACCACAGAGCACAGCAGUACACAUUCUCUCAUCUCUCCCUCGAUGCCUAUCUCUGAUCUCAGGAUGUGGACUCUACUGCUUGGGGUUAUUUUCGGACUUCUGGCACCUGUUCAGUCCGACCCUGUUCCUGCCUCGACAGAACUUCCCGCUCUGGCUGCUGGGGAUUUUCUUGGGGAAACUUUCAAGAUCUUCAAGAAGCUUGUAGUGGGUCCCCCGGAUGCCACAAAUGGAACAUCCAGCAGUGACGAAACAGUGGACCUUGAUCAUUUGGUGACCCCUGACCCUGUGACAUCUGACCCGGAAGACCAGCUGCCCACCUUUGACCCAGAGGAGGGCAGCACAGAUGAGACAGAGGGCAGCACUACAGAGGGAAGUAUGAAACACCCCACUUCAGGACAAGACGAUGAAGGGGAGCUGUUUGACGCCAACCUUAAACCUAGCUUUAACCUCCGCCCCAGUCCAACUCCUCGCCCCAGUCCAACUCCUCGCCCCAGUCAAAGCAACACAGAGGACAAUUAUGAAAAGUACGACUAUGAUUCCAGUCCAAGUGAUAGACCUGAUUCACCAGAGGAAGAUGAAAUUAUCCUGGAUACUGAAAGCCCCACAGUAGAGGUUGUCCCCACAGUAGAGGUUGUCCCCACAGUAGAGUUUGUCCCCACAGUAGAGUUUGUCCCCACAGCAGAGUUUGUCCCCACAGUAGAGUUUGUCCCCACAGCAGAGUUUGUCCCCACAGUAGAGUUUGUCCCCACAGCAGAGUUUGUCCCCACAGCAGAGGUUGUCCCCACAGUAGAGUUUGUCCCCACAGUAGAGUUUGUCCCCACAGCAGAGUUUAACCCCACCACUGAUUUUCAGAUGGAUUUGGAAGAUGUUAACGCAAUCCUUGAUGCUAACCCCAGUCCCAGUCCUUAUCCAACUCAUGAUGCUAGCACCAGAACAGAGCUAGAGGAGUUUCAGGAUGAUAAAUUCAGACCAAACUUUGUCGCCAGCCCUAGUCGUGUACCGGAUCCCAGUCCCAGCCAUAGUCCCAUCUCAGAGUUUGAAGAAGAAGACCUGUUACCUCUUAGCCUUGAUCCAAGCUUUAGUACCACCUCCAGACCUAGCCAAAGUUCAGGCACCAGCCAUACACCUAGUUCUAACCUAACCAGUAUGACAGGCUUGGAGGAAGGCGGGGCUGCAAAGAUGAAUACAGAGCUGGCCUUCACCCCAACCACCAGUUCUGCUGCACCUACAACAGUCAGGAUGAAUUCAGACAUCGAAGGGUCAGGGUCGGGAUUCCUGCCUCAGAGUAGCACCACAGUAGCAGCCCCUGCUGGCGAGGAGGACCAAACAUACAACUCCCUAGUUGAUAAGCCAUUCAUUGAAACAAAGACAAUAAUUCAAGGCAGCAAUAGGCUUGCUCUACCAAAGGAGGAACCGGCAGUGGAUUCCUCUACAGUUCUUCAUGAUGCAGCUGCUGUAAAACCAACCCCAUCCAGACAACAUGAUUCAUAUACAUCGGGUUGGUUGAUCAUCGUUGCCUUCGUCGCGGGCGUGGCGGUCUUGGUCGUAAUCUGUGUCGCCAUAGGUACCAGAGACAGGUGGAAUGCACCGGCCCAGGCAUCUGAGAAGAAGGUCGCCAACGCGAGCUCAGGAGAUGAGAAGGCGGAGCGGGAAAUGGAGAGGUUUCUGUCUAAAGAGAGGCCGAGGGAAAACAUCCACGCUGGAGAGUACACUGUUAUACUUCUGGAGGACCUCCCAGAGAAAGAGCCGCUGGACUGAGACGGGCCAAGGAGAUGCAGAACGGGAACAAAAUAAGAACAAUGGACACCUUAGAAAUAGAAUGGAACGGGUCUCCCCAUUCUAGUCAAUGGUUGCAUAAUGGGUGGCAUAAUGGGUGGCAUAGUGGGUGGACUCCCCCCCAUUCUUGACACACACAGGAAACUGUUGAGUGUGAAAAACCCAGCAGCGUUGUAGUUCUUGACACAAACGGGUGCACCUGGCACCUACCCUGUUCAAAGGCACUUAAAUAUUUUGUCUUGCCCAUUCACCCUCUGAAUGGCUCACAUACACAAUCCAUGUCUCAAUUGUCUCAAAGCACAAUCCAGUCUCCUCCCCUUCUUCUACACUGAUUGAAGUGAAUUUAACAAGUGACAUCAAUAAGGGAUCACGGCUUUCACCUGGAUUCACCUGGUCAGUCUAUGUCAUGGAAACAUUUCUCACAGCAGGGAAAGAAUCCUGCAGCAACUGGAAAUGUGAAUGAUUGUGUGGUUUAUAAUUAAUGGACAUUUUUGUAGGGGUUGAUAAUGCAUUUUUGUACUUACGGCAAAUCAAGUCUGACAUUUUUAAGUGGAAAUUACAAACUUUAGAACUCUUUUUAAACUUUGAAUAACUACAAGUUUGCAUUUCCUACCUUGCAGGAAAUUUGCUGCAACAACCGGGUGAUCAAAUUAAGACCCUACAUCUGUAGCUGUCCCUUUGACCUUUGGUAGCCCAGAUAAGUCAGAUUGGUAAACACCUGUUCCGAUGGGCCAUGGAUAAACACGUUGCAAUAUCUCUGUUGACAUUAUGUAUAUUAUCAAAGUUGCAAACACUGUCAGAACCAUUGAUAGAAAAAAAGAAAACAAGGUCAUACUGAAUUUCUAAUUCUCACUCACCGACCAGUGUUGUUGUUGUUGUUGUUGUUGUUAUUGUUAUUGUUGUUGUUGUUGUUGUUGGUGGUGUUAUUUUUGUUUUGAUAUUGCACUAUUUUUUAUCAACAAAUCUUAUUUGUGUACAUGUUUUUGAUCAUCCUGUAAAAGAAAAUACAGAAUCCAUACAGAAUAUAAAAUAAUGUCUUUCUAGAUGUUUCAUAGUGACACAUACACUCAGGGACUCACAUAAGUGCUACACAGCCAGAAUAAGUCAAGUAUAGUAGAAAGACUGACUACCAACCUACUUAGAGCCCUGCUUUUCACUACAUUUCCCCUGGGGGUAAAAUCCUGCUGACUGUGGCAUUACGUAUUGUUCAGAUGAAUGCCGGUAUGUGAGUUAUAGUAAGUAUAAUACACUUUAUACUUCAUAUGUAUUCGUUUUAAACACUCAGAGUUCUUCUAGUGUUAGACU